CACGUACGCCACUCUCGGUGUACGUACAACACAACGAUCGUCGUAUUUCGGAAGCGAAUAGACGCGAGCAGCAAACAAACAAACAAACAAACAAAAAUCAACGCGAGCCACGCACCAUUCGAUCAUCCUCCCCGAUCGCACUAGUGGGCAUCCCCCACCUUUGAAAAACACGCAACUCAAACACGAACCUCGCGAUUCGAACGAUCGCACCGCGCGGCCAGUUUCUUACCGGCAGUGCAGCGACCCAGUCGACAACACAGUGGCUGGAUCUCGACCACCUUCUCUGAUCGCGAUCCUCAGCGUGGUAGUGUGUCUGUGUUAAUAGCGUGUGCGCGCGCGCGUGUGUGUGUGUGUGGGUUUAUUAUUUACCCAAUCUCUCAAUCCGGUUCGGCUUCACGCUUGACCGACGACCGUGUCUCAGUGCGAAAAGACUCCAGCACCAAUUUUGCGGUGUUUGCUUAAGUUUUUCGGAGCAAACAACAUGACGCCUCUAUGUAAAGCACUGGUCGCAUUCGCGAUCGUUGCCCUGGCACAAGCACAGCAGCCGAUCGAUAAGAUCUUCUUCCCCGAGAACGAUACCAUCCUAAACUUUGCGAACCGUGUUGGCGAGGGCGACAGCAACAGUGGCUUCCAGGCGGGCCAAGCAGAUCCGCUGGACGCUAUCACACCAACUGUCCGGCCACAAACGCUACUGACGGCGCAGGGCGAACGUUGCACCUGCGUACCGUAUUUCACCUGCCAACCGCAGCCCGAAUUUGCCGAGCAGAACAAGUUCAACGAGAUCAAUGUCAACUACAAUCCAGAGAGCUGCCAGGAUGUGCUGGAUGUGUGCUGCCGGGAUGUGGACUCGUUGGUGGUGCCUAUGAACAAUACGCCCGGUGAGCCUCCGGUUGGACGGCCACGUGGCUGUGGACUUCGUAAUAUUGGUGGAAUCGAUUUCACGUUGACUGGAAACUUUAACAAUGAAGCCGGCUUCGGUGAGUUCCCGUGGACUGUGGCGAUCGUUAAAACGCAGGACGGAAGCAGCAGCUGCGGUGGUUCGCUUAUUCACCCCAAUCUCGUGCUCACCGGUGCCCACUGUGUGCAGGCUUUCCGGCAGGGUCAGCUGAAAGUGCGAGCCGGCGAGUGGGACACACAGACGACGAAGGAGCGACUGCCGUACCAGGAGCGACUGGUGACACGUGUCAACAGUCAUCCCGAUUUUAACCCACGCAGUCUUGCCAACGAUAUUGCGGUGCUGGAGCUCGAGCAGCCGAUCCAGCUGGCGGAACACAUCAACGUGGUCUGUCUGCCGCCGGUUAACUUCGAUACGCGUCGCACGGAUUGCUUCGCGAGCGGUUGGGGUAAGCAGCAGUUUGGCAAGGCGGGCCGGUACAGUGUGAUCAUGAAGAAGGUUCCCCUACCGCUGGUCGCUUCGUCGACCUGUGAACGGCAGCUGCAGGCCACGCGACUCACCUCACGCUUCCGGCUGCACCAAACGUUCAUCUGUGCCGGUGGUGAGCGGGGCGUAGACACGUGCGAAGGUGAUGGCGGAGCGCCACUCGUGUGCCCGAUCGGGGCGGCCACCGAAAACCGGUACGCACAGGUCGGCAGUGUUGCUUGGGGCAUUGGCUGCCACGAUGCCGUACCGGGAGUCUACACGAACAUCAUCCUAUUCCGUUCCUGGAUCGAUAACGUAGUACGAACGCUCGGCUUCGACACGACCGUGUACGACGCUACGCAGUCGGUGUUUUCGAGCCUGUUUGCCUAAUUUUCUUUAAAUCUUUUCUGUAAACCGACACAAUCAUUGAGUGUUAUAAGAAGCUAGAAAUAAAUGUGAAGUGAAGGGUCAAAUCCACUUCCCACAAGCAUA